GUUUUUUAUAUUGAUAGCAACAAUUGCGUUUUUAACUUUGAGAAAAUUGAGUAGCUGUGUUCAAAUAAAAUAAAAAAGUCUGCAACCAACUGUUUAUAUCGUACAUGUGUGCAUCAGUAAUAACACAAACAACACAAAUCCGCAACAAUAAUUCAAUAUAAUAUACAUACAUAUACUAAAGUUGUUUGUCACCUGUGUGUUGUGUGUAUGUGCUUUGUUCCAUAGGCUGUGCUUCACUGUGUGCGUGUGUGUUGUGCGAGUGCGUGUGUGAGUGCGUGUGCGUCUGUGCGCGUGCCGUAACUUGAAAUGGCAAAGAAAACUUAUGAUUUGCUCUUUAAACUGUUGCUAAUUGGAGAUUCGGGCGUUGGAAAGACCUGCAUAUUGUUCCGAUUCUCGGAUGAUGCGUUCACCUCAACAUUUAUAUCAACCAUAGGAAUCGACUUCAAAAUAAAAACAGUCGAGCUCAGAGGGAAGAAGAUAAAACUACAAAUAUGGGACACUGCCGGUCAGGAGAGAUUUCACACAAUUACCACAUCCUAUUACCGUGGAGCGAUGGGCAUUAUGCUCGUUUACGAUAUAACGAAUGAGAAGAGUUUUGAAAACAUUGUAAAAUGGUUACGAAAUAUAGACGAGCAUGCAAAUGAGGAUGUGGAGAAAAUGAUAUUGGGAAAUAAGUGCGAUAUGUCGGAUAAGCGUGUGGUUAAUAAAGAACGCGGCGAAGCGAUCGCACGUGAGCACGGAAUUCGUUUUAUGGAGACAUCCGCCAAAUCGAAUAUUAAUAUUGAGCGAGCAUUCUGCGAACUUGCCGAGGCCAUAUUAGAUAAAACCUCUGGACGUGAAUCGGCCGAGAAUCCGGAACGUGUGGUCAUUGAUCGUAAAAACAAUGACAAGGCGCCGGGCUAUAACAAAUGCUGUGCGUAAGGGCAGCAGUUAAAAACUGUGUGUACCAGAUACGAGCGAAGCAAUACUUAUAAAGAGGGGUACAUGCCACGCCCAGCGCUGUACAAAACAAACAUUUAUUGGACAAAGAUGUUACAGCCGUGUCUGCCAAGAUUAUAAACAAAACAAAAUAGCAAGCAACAGAAACAGCAAUAGAAAAUGGAAACAGAAAUAGAAUUAUCAGAUAGAUGGAUGGAUGGGAAAAAAAAGAAUGAAACAGCAACCAAGAAACAACCUACCUAAAGUUUAAUAUUGUAUAACAAAAUUUAUAGAUACUUUACCUAAAACUACUACAACAACAACAACAACUACUAUUUAAAGUGCGAUCUAGAAAUACAAUGUACGUUGUUUAAAACGCACAACAAGUCGACAACAGUUUUGACCAAUGUUAGUAGAACGAAGGGCUUAAUUAAGCAUUUCUAAUCAAAUCCAACACAGAGCUGAGGACAGAGAGACGACACCCAUAUCUGUACUUAUAUAACUCUAAUAACUAUAUGCUUAGUUAGACAGACACAUACAAACUACAUACAUACAUACAGACUUAAAUUCAAAACCAACUCAAAACUCAUUCACACGCACGCGACUUACUCUCUCGUACAUGAAAUGUAUUUGUAUAUGAAUUAUUAAAAUGUUGUAAGAAUGUUUACGAUACAACAACAAAUAACAACAAACAACAACAAAUGAAUAUAAUACGUUUUUUGGGGCUAUGUUUUUUUGAGCGCUUUAGCUUCAAAAGUAACAAGACAAACAGAAUAUUUAUAUAUGUAUUUGUAAAAGUAUCAAACAUUUUGUAAUGCAAAGAAAAAAAGUAAACUAAACAAAAUUAAAAACUAAAAA